AUGGUCGGUCCAGGCGGCGGUCCACCACGCAAGAGCCACACCAAAUCCCGUAACGGCUGCAAAACAUGCAAGAGAAGACACAUUCGAUGCGAUGAGACCUUCCCGCAAUGUCGCAAUUGCACAAAACACAACUGCCGCUGUGACUACCAAGAUGCGGCUGCUUCUCAACGUGGGAGUCCUCCCGCGCCCCGCCGCGGGCCGGACCUCCUCAUCUCGCCAGAGAUCGAAAUGGAAAUAGACAAUUGGCAUCGCACGGGCGUGCCUCCAUAUCCGGAGCUCUUGCAGUGUCCGCGGUCCGGAUGGUCUGGCUUGUCGCGCACUGAUUUACGCUUGAUUCACCAUAUCAUUGGGCUUUCUAUUGAUUUGCAUCGCAGAGGGUUGAGUGGCUGCACCGUGUGGGCGCAGAAGAUGCCAAAUUUCCUGGCUAUUGCGCUGGGCAGCGAUUUCGUUAUGAGCUCUAUCUUGAGCUUUUCCGCGUUUCAUAUCGCCUUUAUUACACGGGACCAGGAGACUAGGCAGCUGGCUUUCCGUCAUAAGGUCACGGCUCUCCAGGGACUGCAGACUGCUCUAGGGUCCUUCUCGAAGGAAAACUGUGAUGCCAUUCUGGCAGCUUCGGUUCUUCUUUCAUGGCAGGCAACAGAGAAUCAAAGUUGGGUCUCUUUACAAGGAGGCAUCUCCAGCGUCUUAGAAUCCAUGCAUCCAUAUUGGAAGCAAGAGUCAGAACUUGCACAGUUUAUAGAAAACCAACGAGCACUGAGCACGGCAGAUCUUUCAAUGGCUGGUGUCUACCAACCCCUCGACGAAGACAUGCUACAUCUGGACCAAACCAUCCAAGCCCUACGAAUGACACAGAAACGCGUUUCCCACAACCUCGAGCACUCCCAACGCCUAGGCGAACUCAUUGAAUUCACCCAGAAAUUCCACGAUGACUUCCCCAAUCAAACUCCAGAGCAAUCAUUCGAAAGCAUCCAAACCCUCCGCCGCUGGCUCUUCUGGCUUCCACCCGCCAUGCUCCGAAGCAGCGAAUCAGAUAUCAGCGCCCUCCCAAUUCUAGCACAAUUCUUCGCAGUCGGCAUCUCCCUCGACCGCUUCUUCCCAGAGUUAGGCGGCGCAUACCUAGGUGCCCUAUCCAUAACUCCCAUCGAAGAGAUGUACCGCAUGAUAGCGACCCACAGCGCCGCAGACCCCUUCAACACAGAUAUCCGUUCACCCCUGGAACUCAUGGACCUGCCACGCAACAUCGUCGCCCGCUACCGCAGCCGUCUUCCGCUCCCUUGGUCCCCCCGCUCCUCAGUCGACCACUACUCCCCCGGUCCACCCAGUCCUUUCCACCACGCUGUGCACGAAUACCCGCUCGUGGCUUCUUCCUCGCCUGCUUCCGCUUCGCCUUCUUAUGCCGCUUAUACCCCGCCUCUGCAUUCCCCUCCUGCUGUCACAAUCGCAAACUCUGCUUUCCCCAUCCAAGACGGAUAUGUUUCCGCCACACCAUCACAUUCCUUAUACCCGCCCUCUCCACAGCUCCUCGAUAACCACGAUGCACACCUCGGCCUCUCAGAUCUAGGUGGCCAUAGCCAUGGCCAUUCCCAUCAUGCUUCUCUUUCCAAUUCAACAUCUUAUACCCCGCCAUAUGGCAGCGAUGUACUGUGUGCCAGUCUGCCGCGCACGGAUGGCACACUCGGUCUUAAUAUGGAGAUAUAUCCGCAGACACAUCCCUUUGAAAUACCGGGCUUAGCUGCUCCCGCUUCACUCUGGACAUGA